AUGGUUUUUGAUAACGUAAUGACAAGGAAUGAGAAAGAUGUGAAGGAGGGGUUUUUGAUAACCAAUAUACUCGAUCGAAGUUUGAAGAAAAUGGGGUCAUCUUUUUCAUGGCCAUACGCAAAUAUCAACGACCUGGAUGAUCACAUCGAAUCAAUCAUAUCCAAAUCGUUAAGUUUCAAAGAAAAAGAUGUAAGAACAGUGUUAAGAUCAUUCAGCUUUGACGACAUUCGUUCUUCCAAACCUGCAAAGAUGAGAUCAUUUCGUUCAAACAGUAUGAUCCGAGGGUCUCUAAGCUUUAAUGGGAGGGAACUCAAAAAAGCAUCUACCUUUAAACGUUCUUCCACUGAAAAAUAUCAAAAACCUGCAAAAACAACCCUCGAAAGCACUUUGCCUGAACCUGAAACAAAACGGGUCGACCCGGAAACACAUGUACCUGACCCACCAUCACCUAAGUCACCCAUGAAUCGUGAUCUUGCUGCUCUUAAGUUGCAGAAAACUUAUAAAAGUUUCAGAACUAGAAGACAGUUAGCUGAUUGUGCAGUUUUGGUCGAGCAAAGAUGGUGGAAGCUUUUGGAUUUUGCUCAGCUGAAAUGCAGUUCAGUAUCAUUCUUUGAAGUUGAGAAACCAGAAACAGCUGUUUCACGUUGGUCAAGAGCAAGAACUCGGGCUGCAAAGGUGGGAAAAGGGUUAUCAAAAAAUGAAAAAGCUCGUAAACUUGCCUUACAACAUUGGCUUGAAGCAAUUGAUCCUCGACAUCGUUAUGGUCAUAAUCUUCAAUUUUAUUACGCCAAAUGGCUUCAUUGUGAAAGUAGACAACCCUUUUUCUAUUGGCUCGACAUAGGGGAAGGGAAAGAAGUAAACCUUGAAAGAUGCUCAAGAACAAAGCUUCUUCAACAAUGCAUCAAAUAUCUAGGCCCAACAGAAAGGGAGACGUAUGAAGUUAUAGUGGAAGAUGGAAAAUUUAUGUACAAACAUAAUAAGAUUAUAAUAGAUACAACGGGUGAACCGGAUGAUGUUAAGUGGAUAUUUGUUCUUAGCACAUCAAUGGUUUUAUAUAUUGGAAUGAAACAAAAAGGAAAAUUUCAACAUUCAAGUUUUUUAGCUGGUGGAGCUACAAUAUCUGCUGGAAGAGUGGUGAUUAAAGAUGGUGUUCUAAAGGCUGUUUGGCCUCAUAGUGGACAUUAUCUCCCUACAGAAGAAAACUUUGAUGCCUUUUUAACAUUCCUUAUGCAACACAAUGUUGAUGUUCAUGCUGUUAAGAAAAGCCCAGAUAAUAAAGAAGAAGAAGCAAGUUUUGAAAUUGCUGGAUUUGGUAUGAGAAAUAGUGUAUCAGAACCGAGUAUCUUUGAAGGCAUAAUACAAACAAACACCAAAACGUAUCAAAGAAAGAACUCUAGAAAAGAUCGAUGCAGAAAUCGUGUAUAUUUAUCAACCGAUUUGAAGGAAAAGAUAACCAAACUUGAAAUCCCAAAGAAUGAAAAAGUUAUCUUGGCUUUCCAGAAUCAAGCUCUAGAACCGGAACCGGAAUCAGAACCGGAAUCGGAAUCGGAAUCAGACACUACAGAUUAUGACACAGCUGAGCAGUUUUUAUCUGAUUUUGAACUUAUGGUUUCCAAAAAGAAUCUAUUUGAUUAUGGUGAAGAAGAUGGAGCAUAUGAUGAACAACAUGUCACACAAGAGAAGAUUAUGAAGAGGAUAAAUUCUCAUAAAGAAAACAAGUCUUUUCAAUUGGGUAAGCAACUUAGUUGCAGGUGGACAACUGGAGCUGGGCCCCGCAUUGGGUGUGUAAGGGAUUACCCUUUGGAGCUACAAGCACGUGCUAUGGAAGAAAUGUGUUUGUCACCCAAAUGUAGUGCCACAUCACCCAAAGGUAGUGCCAUGUCACCUCGAAGAUUUGGGAUGCUUCUAGAAACAAGUAGUCCGGUGAAGAAAAGUCCACAUGGUCAUGGCCAAAAUCUUGAAAUUGCAAUGGCGGAGCUUGGCGAUUUGCAGCACCAGUUUUUGCACGCAUUUGCCACCAAGAAAUCGGAGGGAAUUGCAAGAAUGGCGGAAGUAGCUCCUAUUGUUGUUGAAGAUGGAAAGAGUCGCAGCGAAGUUUUGCUCUUCAACCGAUGGACCUACGACGAUGUUCAGGUUCCGGAUCUCUCUGUGGAAGAUUACAUCACUGCGACUGCUUCCAAACACCCAAUUUACAUGCCACACACAGCAGGAAGGUAUCAAGCUAGAAGAUUCAGGAAAGCCCAGUGCCCCAUUGUUGAACGAUUAACCAACUCCCUCAUGAUGCACGGAAGAAACAACGGAAAGAAAUUAAUGGCUGUUCGCAUAGUCAAACAUGCCAUGGAGAUCAUUCAUCUCUUAACCGAUGCUAAUCCCAUCCAAAUCAUUGUUGAUGCUGUUAUCAACAGUGGGCCAAGAGAAGAUGCAACCAGGAUUGGUUCUGCUGGUGUUGUGAGGCGGCAGGCAGUGGAUAUUUCUCCCCUGAGACGUGUGAAUCAGGCUAUUUAUCUGCUUACUACUGGUGCUAGAGAAAGUGCUUUCAGAAAUGUCAAGACUAUUGCAGAGUGUCUUGCUGAUGAGCUUAUCAAUGCUGCAAAAGGCUCAUCAAACAGCUAUGCUAUUAAGAAAAAGGAUGAGAUUGAGAGGGUUGCAAAGGCCAAUCGUUGAAGAAGCAUUGUGUGCUUGUUUUUUUUGGUAGAGUUGUGUUUUUGAUGUCAUGAAAACAGUUGUUAUUUUGAAAUGUUUAUGUUUUAAAUAGAUUCUGUUUUGUUUGAUUGGAAAUUUUGAACCACAUAUGGUGUUUUGAUUCAAUGUGCUUGUUUGAUUUUUUAGUGUUUCUGUAUAUUUUUUUAAUUCUCGCCUU